AUGAGGAAAGGACAAUUUGUUGUAUAUUUGUUUCUUUUACAUACAUUUUUAACAAUAAUUAAUAUUUUAACAUGCAAAUUGCAAGAAAAAUCUUCAACUCUUGGAAAUUCAGCAAUUAUUAUUAAAUCUACAAUCAAGUCCUUAGAGGAUUAUAAAACCGUUGAAUGUUUUGCUGAAAUUUGGUUGGAUAUAAAUAAAUUUGCAACAGUUAAUAAUAUAUCUAUUGCAAAUCCAUUCCAAGGAAAUAAAAGAAAAAGGAAAGAACCAAAUGAUCUUAAAAAUUUCAUUGUCUAUGCUAGCACUAGUGCACAUUACACAGAACCUACACAAAGUAACGUACAGACAAGUGAAGAUUUCUACAGAAUAAAUGCGUACUAUGUGAUUCUUAACACACCAGUUACAAAGUUAAAAGAAAGAUUUUCGAAUGUUUACAAAUGGGCAUAUCUGUUGAUAAUUUUUUUCAACUAA